GACAUUUUUGUGCUGGAAAAAGUUGGACAGUUCGGUCAAAGAAAGUGAUCUCUCCCGUUUCCAGUCUUCACACGGUGGAAUCUGCACACUCUUUGCGGGAUACCUGCGCUCGUCUGCGGUCAAACACCCCCAAGACACCGCGUUAAAGAGGAGGAUCCAUCGCUGCGCCGUGCAAACUUUGGAACGGAGGAUUUUUUACGAAAGACAAUGACUCAUUUUAACAAGGGGCCAGCGUACGGAUUGUCGGCAGAAGUCAGGAGCAAAAUUGCUCAGAAGUAUGAUCUGCAGAAGGAGGAGGAGCUGCGCUUCUGGAUCGAGGAGAUGACGGGCAUGAGCAUCGGGGAGAACUUCCAGAAAGGCCUCAAAGAUGGAGUCAUCCUCUGCGAACUCAUGAAGAAACUGCAGCCUGGAUCCAUCAAGAAAAUCAACCACUCCCAGCUCAACUGGCACCAGCUGGAGAACCUGGGCAACUUCAUCAAAGCCAUGCUGGUGUAUGGCCUCAAGCCCACCGACAUCUUUGAGGCCAACGACCUGUUUGAGAACGGCAACAUGACUCAGGUCCAGACCUCUCUGCUGGCUCUGGCCAGUAUGGCCAAGACUAAAGGGUUGGACACUAAAGUGGACAUUGGAGUGAAGUACGCAGACAAAGCCCAGAGGCACUUUGACGAGGGCAAGAUCAAGGCAGGACAGUGUGUGAUCGGACUGCAGAUGGGGACUAACAAGUGUGCAAGCCAGGCCGGGAUGACCGCCUACGGGACCAGAAGGCACCUGUACGACCCCAAGACCCAGACUGACAAACCCUACGACCAGACCACCAUCAGCCUGCAGAUGGGCACCAACAAGGGAGCCAGCCAGGCUGGCAUGUCUGCCCCUGGCACUCGUAGAGACAUCUUUGACCAGAAGGUGGCACUGCAGCCCCUGGAUAACUCCACCAUCUCCCUCCAGAUGGGCACAAACAAAGUGGCGUCGCAGCGUGGCAUGAGCGUGUACGGCCUGGGACGCCAAGUGUACGACCCCAAGUACUGCGCCCCGCCCACAGAGCCCGUCAUACACAGCAACGGCUCCCAGGGGCCCCACGGCUCCGACAUCAGCGACAGCGACUACCAGCACGACUAUCAGGGCCCCUACCACGGAGAGUACCAGGGCGAGUACCACAGAGAGUACCAGGGGGAGUACCAGGGGGAGGAGUACCACCAGGGCUACCAUGAUAACUACAACUACCACAGCCAGGGCAUGGACUACUAGGCCUACAGUGUUAGCAUGUACAUAGACCCAGUGUCCCCUGUAGACUGUGGACUGUCUGCUCUGGUCCAGAGCACCUCUCCUCACUCAGUCCUCUGCCCCUUCACACAGUCUCAUAAUGUCACCAACAGCAAGUACAAUGUUAGAAUUUUGACAUUUCUCCAUGAGGUAAUUCAAAUGUCUGCAGAGGAGACUAGAGCAUAGUAAAUUUGGACUGGUAACCAGUCGGGUUGUCAAAAGUAUUGAAAAUCAGAUACUAAUCAACACUAAAACUAUAAUUAAAACUAGAUAAACAUUUUUCACAGCUAUCGAUACUAAAAAACUCAUUUGCAGGACAGAACCUUUCCUUUUCCUGAAUAGCUUUAGAAUAAUCUUGAACAGAGCAUGUAGACGAGUAUAUGGCCACUUGACUGAGGUAUUACACAGAUAUAAGUCCACAUGGGCAUAUAAAAGAAAGUACUAUGAUUUAAUGUUGAAAAUCACAUUCUAUUGUCUAAAGAAAGAGCAUUUUUUAGUAUCAUUGUGGUACCAGAAUCGAUAUUGAGUAUUGAGUCUGUUUCUUGGUAUUGAAAUGGAGCCUGAAAGAGGAUGCAUGUUAUUUCAGUCUAAACUUCCUCACAGUAUUUGAGAGUUUGAGUAGUUAGUUGGUUAGUUCUGUGUUAGUGUGUGACUGUGUGAAGGGGCCAUCAGUGACACAGAGCUUAAUGAGGUUCUGAUAAACAGUAUAUUGUAGUUUGAUGUUGUAGUUGUUGCUCGGGUAACAGAGGGACCUUACAUCUGUCUGGGUGAAUGAAGCCUGCGAUUGUUCUGUUUUAUACAAACUUUUGGGAGAUUUCUGCUCUUAUCCAUGAAGUAUUUUCUGACAUUGUGAGAGACAUUCAGAGACGUGUCCUCUUGUUAUGUUUUUAAGGUCUUUCUACUUCCUCUUAUAUAUUUAUUGCAAUGAGCUCCAUUGUACCCUGCCCUCAGUUUAAUACACUUAAUGUUUCCUGACUCUUCUGUAGUGAGUUUAAACUGAACUCUGAAGUGACUAAUGGAACCUGAUGACAAUGCGGAUGCUCCUGUAUGCAUUUGUAUUGGAUUGAUUUGUACUGUUUGUUUUUUAAAAAUAAAAUAUAUUUUAAAAGA